GACUUAGGGCAUGAACCAUGUUCAUAGCUCCCUCUGAUGACCACAGAAUUCUGCACAACAUUUUAUUUUUGUUCGUACAUCUGUCUGAUAGCUGACUGGUUAAGUCCUAAUUGCUUCCAAGUGAGGUCAGCAAAGGUUUUCCUUUAAGGGGGGGGGGAGAACAGGCUCAACACGCAUCCGAACACAUACAGCACACACUGUGAUACACAUGAGUGUGUGCGCGCACACACACUUGCUUGCACACACCCUUGCUUGCACACACCCUCUUGCGUGUGUUGAUUUAUGGAAACAAUUAUGAUUCUGUUGCAGUCUCUUCUGAGCAAGGAAAGUUUGUAGCUACAUUAGAGUCUCACGUUGCAAAAGGCAGACAACAGAAAUGGAAUACUGGUGUGUCCAGCUGUUAUCAAGAGGAGCAAAUAUUUUGCUUUCAGUGCAAGCGGUGAAUUCAAGUAGCAAAGGAAGUCACGGCAGCCAACAUUUUUGCAACCUGUUUCUUUAAAAGAAUAUCCUGGCCGAAAGAAGACUGAAGGGAAAACUCUCUUUGAUACCAGUAUCUUAACAACGAAGUGUGGACCAGAGUUUUGGAUGCGGGAGCAGCCGUUGGUUAAGUACAAUUCGCAGGAAGGCAGAGGGACAGGUCAAUGACCAAGGAGCAACCAGCUACUGAAGACUAAUUCUUUUUCAUUAUGUUGUUCAUGGGCACCCAGAACACUGCACUAUAAUGCACAAAUGGAUAUUGUCAUGGAUCCUGCCAACUUUGCUCUACAGAUCAUACUUUUACAUUAUCUUCCUGGUGAGUGCCAUAUCAUUCGCUUGCAAUGACAUGACCCCAGAGCAAAUGGCUACAAAUGUGAACUGUUCCACCCCUGAGCGACAUACCAGAAGUUAUGAUUAUAUGGAAGGGGGGAAUGUCAGAGUGAGAAGACUUUUCUGUCGAACUCAGUGGUAUAUCAAGAUUGACAAGAGAGGCAAAAUAAAAGGGGUACUGGAGCGGAACAGCAACUACAGUAUUCUCGAAAUAAGAACAGUGGCAGUUGGAAUAGUGGCAAUCAAAGGAGUGGCAAGUGAAUACUUUCUAGCCAUGAACAAGUCUGGGAAACUCUAUGGAAAGAAAGUGUGCAAUGAAGACUGCAACUUCAUAGAACUGAUUGAAGAAAACCAUUACAAUACAUAUGCUUCAGCAAAUUGGACACACAAAGGGAAGGAGAUGUAUAUUGCAUUGAAACAGAACGGUGCCCCUAAAAGAGGUCCAAGAACAAGUAAGGAAGACGUAUCUUCUCAUUUUCUUCCAUUUGCAGUAUCCUAAUCAUGCAGAUGUCAAUGGAGAACCAGUUCCAGCAAAAAUGUUUUCAUUUUAAAAUGGGGGACAGUUUGAACAUGCAAGAAGGAGAAGCUGGAAUACUACUGAAACACUGAACAAGCUGGACUUGCGCAUUUAUGUUUAUUUCUAAGAGACUGCCUUUUAAGAAAAAAAUUGAAAAU